AUGAUGAAUGAUGCCAGUUUCUCCGACACGUUUGCGUCAACUUCAUCUGCAGUAGAGGAAGAUGAGGCCAAACUGCUUCCUGUUUUGGUGCCAACUACGAGUACCACCAGAAGUGAUAAUGCAAUGACGACAACACUCAAUCCCUUUACGACAAAGUCCGUUAAAGUGAUUACUCCAGAGGUACCGGAUAUUGCGGAGGAUGCAACUGAACCUAGUACGCUACCCUCGUUUGUUAACAACGAUGACAAGAAUGCCCAGGACUGUAAAUCGCUGCUUGAGCAAGGUAACACCGAAAGUGGAAUUUAUCAGAUCUCACUGCCCGAUAUAGGCAAAUUCAGUGUUCUCUGUGAUAUGGAAAGCGAUGGAGGUGGCUGGACGGACUGUAAAUCGCUACUUGAGCAAGGUAACACCGAAAGUGGAAUUUAUCAGAUCUCACUGCCCGAUAUAGGCAAAUUCAGUGUUCUCUGUGAUAUGGAAAGCGAUGGAGGUGGCUGGACGGUAAUACAGAAAAGAAUAGAUAAAGCGGUGUAUUUUGCAAAUCGCACAUGGAGCGAAUAUGAAGAUGGAUUUGGCGAUUUCCAGACUUCCUUCUGGCUUGGCUUAAAAAAGGUCGGUUUUUCAUCGAAGUAA